AUUUAAAACCCCGAGAAUCAUCCCUACGGAUUUUACGAAAAUGCCCCCGGAGCUCCUCGCUUGCCUCUUCCUGGCCCUCGUCGCCGUCUCCGCCUCCGGCGCGGCGGCGGCCCGGCGCCACCCGACCCCGGCGAACUCCACCGCCACGGGGAACCCGGUGUACAUCUGGCCGCUGCCGAAGAACUUCACCUCCGGCACGCGGACCCUCGCCGUCGACCCCGACCUCGCGCUCGACCCGCGGGGCCCCGGCGGCGGCGCCUCGGCCGUCGCCGAGGCGUUCGGGAGGUACAGGUCCCUCAUCUUCUCCCCGUGGGCGCACGCGGCCCGCCCCGCCUCGGCGGGGUACGACGUCGCCACGCUCACCGUCGUCGUCGCCUCCGCCGAUGAGACGCUGGAGCUGGGAGUGGACGAGAGCUACACGAUCUACAUCGCGGUGGCGGGCGGCGCCAAUUCCAUCGUCAGCGGAGCAACCAUAGAGGCUAAUACCAUAUAUGGAGCUAUUCGCGGAUUAGAGACAUUCAGUCAGUUAUGUGUUUUUAACUACGACACAAAAAAUGUUGAAGUGCGCUAUGCACCAUGGUACAUUCAGGAUGAACCACGCUUUGCCUUCCGUGGCUUGAUGCUAGACACCUCAAGGCAUUACCUCCCAGUUGAUGUGAUAAAGCAAGUCAUUGACUCCAUGUCAUUUUCUAAGCUGAACGUUCUUCAUUGGCAUAUCAUCGACGAACAAUCUUUUCCAUUGGAGAUACCAUCAUAUCCAAAUCUAUGGAAGGGUUCAUAUUCAAAAUCAGAGCGGUACACAGUGGAAGAUGCACGCUAUAUUGUCAGUUAUGCUAAGAAAAGAGGUAUUCAUGUCAUGGCGGAGAUUGACGUACCUGGUCAUGCAGAAUCAUGGGGAAAUGGAUAUCCAAAACUUUGGCCUUCUCUUAGCUGUACAGAGCCAUUAGAUGUUUCUAGUAAUUUCACAUUCGAAGUAAUAACUGGAAUUUUGUCUGAUAUGAGAAAAAUCUUUCCAUUUGGGUUGUUUCACCUUGGUGGUGAUGAAGUAUAUACAGGUUGCUGGAAUUUAACACCCCAUGUGAAGCAGUGGCUUGAUGAACGCAACAUGACUACAAAGGAAGCUUACAAAUACUUCGUGCUGAAAGCUCAGGAGAUAGCAAUCGAUCUUAACUGGAUUCCUGUAAAUUGGGAGGAAACCUUCAACUCAUUCGGAGAAAGCCUCAAUCCCCGGACUGUUGUGCAUAACUGGUUGGGUCCUGGAGUCUGCCCUAAAGUUGUUGCAAAGGGUCUGAGAUGUAUAAUGAGUAACCAAGGUGUAUGGUACCUUGAUCAUCUUGAUGUUCCGUGGGAACAAGUCUACACGGCCGAGCCACUUGCAGGAAUAAACGACACAGCACAACAAAAGCUGGUACUAGGUGGAGAGGUUUGCAUGUGGGGUGAGACGGCAGACACCUCUGAUGUUCAACAAACAAUAUGGCCACGAGCAGCUGCGGCAGCAGAGCGUAUGUGGAGUCAGUUGGAGGCCAUUUCCGCCCAAGACCUGGAAACAACCGUCCUGGCUCGGCUACACUACUUCAGAUGCCUGCUGAAUCACCGUGGAAUCGCUGCAGCUCCAGUCACAAACUUCUAUGCUCGGCGACCUCCGAUCGGCCCUGGAUCAUGUUUUCUGCAGUAAACCGAUCAUGCAAAGCGGAAGAUACACACGAGGGGGUUUGGCCUUGCCUCCUUACACCCCCCACACUCUACCAAAUUGGUGUUGUCACUUCUACUGUAUCAUUUCCUGUAAGUUCACUCGCAUCAUAUUAUACACCCGUGACAAUAAAAGCCCUUGAUCCUUCCCCGUGUAUUUCACCCCGAAACUCUAAUAAAACCCCAGCUUUGCUCGAUC